GCAGAAAUUUGUGAAGAGGAAACUCCAUGUUGUAACAAAGUUUCCUCCGCGGGCGUCUCUUUCUCUCUCCCCCUUUUUUGUUUUUUUUUCCUCCCCCCCCCCGUUUCCCCCUCCCCCUUUUUUCCUUUUUUUGGGGGGGCAAUUUCCCCCCCCCCCCCCGCCGCCCGAUCCGCCCCCGAAGUAACUCCUGGAGGCUCCGAGAGCGGCGGGAGGAGCCGGCGGAGGAGGGACCCCCCCCAGCCAACACUUCUGGUCUAAUGGACAGUCAGUCCAUCAUCACCCAGGUUAGCAAGGAAGAGGUGAACACCCCUCUGCAGGAGAAAGGUGCUCACAGGCCAUCGCCAUCCAAGAAGCCGAACCGCAGCAUCUUCCAGUCCCUUUUCUGCUGCCUCUGCCAUGACGCCUCGGACCCCGUCCCGGACAACAACGCCCCGCUGCUGGUGGAGGAGGAAACCGGCUUCGUGCCCAAUGCCGCGGUCAAGUACCUCCUGCCCGAGAUCAAACCCCAGGACGCCAGCAAGCUGUGCGUGGUCAUCGACCUGGACGAGACACUGGUGCACAGCUCCUUCAAGCCCGUGAACAACGCUGACUUCAUCAUCCCUGUCGAGAUUGACGGCAUCAUGCACCAGGUGUACGUGCUGAAACGCCCGUACGUGGACGAAUUCCUGCAGCGCAUGGGCGAGCUCUUCGAGUGCGUGCUCUUCACCGCCAGCCUGGCCAAGUACGCGGAUCCCGUGGCCGACCUGCUGGACAAAUGGGGAGCUUUCCGGGCCCGUCUCUUCCGCGAGUCGUGCGUCUUCCACCGUGGCAACUACGUCAAGGAUCUGAGCCGCCUGGGCCGGGACCUGAGCCGCAUCCUCAUCGUGGACAACUCCCCCGCCUCCUACAUCUUCCACCCCGACAACGCGGUGCCGGUGGCGUCGUGGUUCGAUAACAUGGCCGACACAGAGCUCCUGGACCUGCUGCCUUUCUUUGAGAGACUCAGCAAAGUGGACGACGUUUACACAGUGCUAAAGCAGCACCGGACUAGCAGCUAGUGACCCGGGGCCGGGCGAGAUGCCAGCCUGGCGAGAUUCCCCACCCCUUCCCCGGCCGGCCGCCCCACUGAUCUACCCACAAGCCCCAACGCCAGCCUGGAGCUUCUCCGGGGUGCGGAGCGGAGGCGGUGGCAGGCGGCGGAGGGGCUGGGUGGGGAGCCCCGCGUGGGGCUCACACCCGCCGGGCAUGGGGGAGACGCUCGGCUGCGUCACUUGAAACCAGCCCCAAACCUGGACCUUUGUCGUCACGUAACGGUUCUUCUCCUGUAAACUGGGGAGGGCCGGAGGGCAACAGAACCACGGCCCGGUCCCCCCAAUUGGGCUGGGGGGUCAGAACCACGGGCUGGUCCCUCCUGGUUGGGCUGGAGAGGUCCAGAACCACGGCCCAGUCCCCUUUGAUUGGGCUGGGGGAUUCAGAACCACGGCCCGGUCCCUCCUGAUUGGACUAGGGGGUCCAGAACCACAGCCCGGUCCCCCCUAUUGGGCUGGGGGGUUCAGAACCACUGCCCAGUCCCUCCUGAUUGGACUAGGGGGUCCAGAACCACGGCCUGGUCCCCCCGAUUGGGCUGGGGGGGUCAAAACUACAGUCUGGUCCCCCUUGAUUGGGCUGGGGGGUCAGAACCAUGGCCCGGUCCCCUCUGAUUGGGCUGGGGAGGCUCAGGACCACAGCCUGGUCUUCUCUGAUUGAGCCAGAGGGUUUCAGAACCGCAGCCCGGUCCCCUCAGCUGGGCCUGGGGGUUUCACAGAACUGCGCCCCAGCCCCAUCUCGUUUGCUGUGGAGGUGGGAGAGGCAAGUGGGGUUGGUUCCAGGAACCCAGACCAGAGGUACUUAGCCAUGGGGGGCAGAGACCCCCUCACCCCCCGAGUGCAGGGUGCAAAGUGCCCCCAGGAGGUGGGGGAGGGGGCAUUUUCACUGCUUUGCCCGGAUGGGAAUGACUCCUGUGGGCGAAGGGAAUUUGGGGGACCUGUGACCCACACGACAGCUGGGUCCCAGAUCCCGCCCCCUCCAGAAGGCUCAGGGUUCCUGUUACCCAUUGGUGGGGUGCGGGCCCUGUUCCAGAGGAAUCCUGCAGGGAAGGGGGGGGCAGGAGGGUCAGUGCCAAGUGCUGGGGCCUGCAGGGGCGUUGGUUGCGUGGGGGCGGGCGCUGAGCAGCGGGGGAUCGGUUCCCCCAGCAGGGCUGAGAGAGGAAGGACGUGGAGAGAGAUGGGGGGAGGAAGGUGCCCUAGAGGAGCUGGAGAGACUUUCAGAGAUUGUGGGCUAGUGGAAGGGAGGCAGGGCUAGUGGAAGGGAGGCGGAGAGUCUGAGCUGAGAGGAGCUGCUGGAGUAGCCCAGGGGUUCGGGGGGGGGGGAGCGUAGCUUGGCCCGCCAGGCUCCAGGGAUAGGCACUAAGGCAAGAUUUCCUGGGCGUCUGUUAACCCUUUCCCUGCUGGUUAUAUGGCGGGUGCCCCCCUGCCAAACGGUUCCUACUUCCCCAUCUCCUCUGGGCCUCACAGGGAAAUCAGAUUUCUAGGUGCCUUGGGACGGGGGGCCCAUUGACCUCCUGGGCCAGCACCUCUUGGCGUAUGCAAAUGUUGCCUUUCCCUGCAGUGCAUUGUGGGGCUUUAACCCCUCUCCCCCGAGGAACUGCCAUUGUGGCUGUCAGAAGCCAUCAAGGCGCCCCGGUGCUGUGGCUGGAUAGAGCAGGCAGUGAGCUGGGCCAUUGGGUUGAGCCCACCCCAGCCCUGGACAGGGUGAAGGGGGGCGGUGGGAUCGCCCCAGGGGAGUCUCAGCUGGCCAUGGCAGGCAGCAGCUCUCCUGUCUGAGGGGCUGGGCCUGCCGGCCCAUGAGAUCCCUGGUGGCCAGGGGCUGCUGCAUUCCCAGUAGAUGAGGUGGGAGGGUGCAGUGACACCAGCGAAGAGCAACUCCACGGGCCUGAUUUAGAGACCUGUACCUGGAAGGAUGCCCCUCGCCCCUUAACUCUGCCCUUCCCCAGGGAGCCAGGCCUACAGGAGUCACGCCCGCGGAAACAAGCAACGUCUCUGACUGCAGCUGUGGCUGGGGUGGGGGGGUGUCUCCUUCCUCUGGGAUCAUGUCUGUCUCUUCUUUAGUGCCUUCAGCCCUCCCUGCCACUCUUCAAACGGUUGUGGGGGGCAGAUUCCCUGGCCUUGGGGCUGGCUUAAACCUCUGCCUUCUUAGUGUUUAGAUCCCUAAAUGCCCCAAACUGACCCCUGCCUGCUGGGGGGCAUCCAGUAGAGAUUGUGCCUUGGGACACCAUGUCCCGCCCACCCCCUAACCUCUGGGGGGCCGAGGGGCUGAUAAAUUGCACUCCCAAGGAAACCUUGGAUUUGCUCACUGCUGCACUGAGACUAGUGGCGCUAGCCCCAGCCCCCGUAAGUGGGGCAGUGGGUUGGUUCAGUGACUGUUCUGAUGGGGAUGGGGGUCUCCCUCCCCCCCCGCAACCAAACUGCUCCCAGCCCUCCCAAAGCUUCAGCUCUUACUUUGGGUUCAGGGGAGCAAGGAUUUUGACUGGGGCAGAGGGAGAGACUCUUCCCCCCCAAACCGAUUGCCCCAGGGCUGCAUUCAGGUUCACUGGAGUCCUGCUUUGCAUUCCCCUCCCCCAGGCUCCCCACAACACCCCCUUGUGCCCCACACCACUAGGGGGUGACGUCCAGAGAUAGCGCCCCCUUUCUAUGGCCUUAACUGUUUUGUAUGCAAGUUGUUCUCGGCUGUGCCUUGCGGUGGUGGCUGUCCACGCGACGCUGCUCCUGAUCUCUUUAGCCUUAGCUUGGGAAAUGUCCCUCAGGGAGAGGUCUCGGGGGGCAAGGGCAGUGGGAGUCAUGUAUUUUAACCGGGCACAUUUAGCUCAUAUAAAUAUGUAUCAUGUGUAUAUAUAUUUUUAGGGAAAGCAAGCGCGACACAAGUCACCAGAGGAUUUUUACAGCUGGUAUUUUUAACGAUGUUCCUGGGAGAUGGUUAUUUUUCUGGGCGGGGUCGUUCCUCGUGUAAAGAAGCAGGGAGGGAUUCGGGGAGGGGGCGUGGGUAUUUUGUCUGCUGGAUGAUGUCUGUAUUGGAUGCACGCAACCCUUCUCCAAAUGCCUGCCCGUCCCCCCAAGCCGCAGGGGGUGCCCAGGGCCCGAGAUCCAACCGCCUCCAUCUUAUGGUGCUGGGUUUUCAAGGAAAGUUUUAGCUCUUUAAAAUCUGGGCCCUUUGUGUGGUUUGGUGGUUUUCCUCCCUGCUUUUAUAACUGCCAGGUGAAAAAUACUGGGGUUUGUGUGUCAAUUUCACACCUCCAAAUUUGUCCAUUCCCCAUACACAUCUAUCGAUCUAUCCCUAUACACCCCCUCUAUCUAUCUAUCAUACACACUUUCUAUCUAUCCAUCUAUCUAUCCCCAGACACCCCUUCUUUCCAUCUAUCCAUCCCCAUAAACC